CCAUGCUCCGUGGCAGCUGAUGCGGGAUGAAAUGGAUAAGUGGGGGGUUGUAGCAAUGAUACCAGCAGCUUGGGGCUUUUUCUGUGGAGAGGGGUAUUGAAAUGGCUCAGGUUGGAGCUCCAGGAGCAGAGAGCUUGUGGCAGAUUCGAACUGAAAACCGAUACCACAACAAUCGACGCGCAGAAACGAGCCGGCCGCAGUAUCUCUCACCAAGGGUCCAACAGCCUGUGGCACCCCUCGAGGGCGCCACGAGUGGGCACUACUGUGUAAUGGAAGAACUGUAUGAUACAUGUUGGGGGAUUGUUGUGUAUAGGCUUCGGGGCAAUGUCAAAGACUUUGUUGAUCAGGGCAGGGAGCGAGCGAGGAGCUGCACCUCGGUUGCACGAAACGCAGUCCAACCUGCCAGCGCGUUGGCUGUAUUCUUAAUAUGUCCGAGACCGUCGGGUUAUUGUGCAGCAGGUCUCGGCGGUCGAUAUCUGCCAUUUACGGCCUUAGCAGCGGCACAAAAGAUCGGCAGGCCAAGGGCGGAGGCGAGAAAUCGGACGGACUUGAGAAGAAUCGCCUUCGUUCAUCCGUCACUUAACACUGAGAUCUAGGCAUACCAGGCACUGAAGCAGGACGAUCUGCCCU